AUGGCGCAACUAGCAUCGUUCCGGCUGGAAAACGCUAAAAAGCUUUCACACGCUGUCUGGCUAUUGGAAAACGACGCAGACGUGCCUGCGCUCUUGACCACUGAACAGCAAACAGUCCUUGGAAAGACAGACGGCGUCGCGAAGACCAUCAUCAAGCAAACCAAAUGCGAGGUGGACACUUACAUCAAAUCUUACGAGGGGCCGCGCUGCCGUGCGUUGCUCGAGGAAGUACGCAAGCGACUCUGUCAAGAACUUCGCGAUACGAUAUACGGAUUCAUCUUCCAAGGCCAACGAGUCGAAUUAGACGAAGACCAUGAAGUCAGCGGACACGAGAGCAUUAAAGGUAUUAGCAAAGCUAAUCUAAAGUGCCGGUCUGACACCUGGCUACUGACUCCCGGCUACUUCACUCAAGACGACCCAAUCAGGCUCGAACUGGUCAGAGCGUGGUAUCGUAAUGCGACCUUCCUUGUUAUCGAUCCCAAAUUCAUUUGCAGAUCUCUCAGAAGAUUGCGAUGGUCCACCAAUCUGAACCCGCCCCGAUUCAUCAAGAGAUUUGAGAUCAAAGUACAGAUCGGUGGCGAAACGUUUGAGCAGGAAGAGUUUGCGGAGAGACUUGAGUUGCUCAGGCAUUUCCACAGGACUUGCCCCAUUGUUACGAUUAUAUUGGAGAAUCUCGUUGAAUACAUGUAUGAUGCGCAGGUAUGCGCUCAACACGCCGCAUACAUGUUUCCAGUGUUACUGUCACUGCAUCGUUUGCGGUUUAAACUUAUAGUUCGAUCUGAGUUGAACUUGAAGUUUGUGGUGGUACCGGAGGAGACUACUGUGGAAGAAUGGACCAAGAAGUUCCAUGAGGCGAUCAAUGCGUCGGAGGGGAUAGUAGGGAUAUAA